UCUUCGAGACCCGGCCAGCCUGUUCGGCCGGCUGACCAUAGCCGUCGACCCGCUGACUUCCGGCCUCAGUCUCGAGAACUCAGACGGUGGUGGGAAGGGCGCAAGGGAUGUACGGCAGCGCAUCGCAGACGGAGAUGUCAUUUGCUAUGGUGUUCAACUUCACGCUCACUCAGGGGAAGUACAAAGGGAGCAGCUUCUGUUUGCUGGGUAGGAACCCAGUUUUUAAGAACCCUAGGGAGCUAG